AUGUACCUAAAUUGUCAUAUUAUUGAAGUCUCGGAAUGCUACGAGCCGAGAUGGUUUAGACAGUUGGGAUCGAGUCGUAGGUUUUUUUCAAGCAGAUAUACCCACCAACGAGCUAUCGGCGAAAGAGGCAUAGGAGUCGGAGACAAGAGAACAGCUGCUCCUUUCAACUGUCGACCAGCGAUCAUGGACUCGCCUAUAGCUCUCCUCAAGUUCAUAGCGCCACAGAUACCAGGUCUAUCAUACGCCGCGAUGCAGCACACAUUUGGUCUCACGGAUACUUCAACCAAAUGGGAUCUGCGAACAGAGUUGACAGUCAAGGUCUUGAGAGAUAUGACGCGUAGUGGAGGAGGAAGAAAGAGAGUGACACCGAUAUCAAAGGUACAGGCCGGGACACUUCGCGACCCGGGUGUCAAGGGCAAAAUGUGGAUAGCGCCGGCUUUUUUGCCCAAGCCUCCUAGCGAGGAUGAAGCAGAUGGACACGGAAUAAGGGAUGUGGUUUUCAAGGCGAUAGACGAGAUGGCGCCAAACAAAGACACGAUCAAUUACACGAAGCCAGAAUUGGACGAUAUCAAAGUUGAAUGGACAGGGUACCGCCCAAAUGCUGGCAAGAACGAACCACUUCCCACCGACAAUGCGGAAGAGAACUACAAAAAUCUCAUGCAAGAAUCUGGCCGCACGAGCGAAACCACGAUUCUGUACUUCCAUGGCGGAGCUUACUACCUCUGCGAUCCCAUAACUCACCGAGCCCUCACAUCUCGCCUGGCCAAGGAAUCUCAUGGCCGGGUGUGCAGCGUCCGAUACCGUCUCGCACCACAAACAGCAUUCCCAGGCCAGCUCCUCGAUGCUCUCCAAUCCUACCUCUCCCUCCUCUACCCACCACCAAACUCCCUCCACGAAGCCAUCCCCGCAGAAAAAAUCGUAUUCGCAGGAGACAGCGCAGGAGGAAAUCUAGCCUUCGCCCUCCUCCAACUCCUCCUCCACUUCCACCGCUCAACCCCAACCCCCAAAAUCCGCUUCCACGGCCACGACCUCCUCGUCCCCUUACCCGCCGGCUGCUCCGCCAACUCCGGCUGGUUCGACAUCUCCCGUUCCCUCCCCUCCAUAACCUCAAACUCCAAAUACGACUACCUCCCACCCCCAAACCACGACGACGCAAUCUCCACUUUCCCCACCGACGACCACCCCGGCGUCUGGCCCUCCACCCCCCCUCGCGGCGACCUCUUCUGCGACCUCUCCCUCCUCGACCACCCUUUAGUCUCCCCCGUCCUCGCACAAAACUGGAGCGGCAGCUGUCCCCUAUGGCUCUGCACCGGUCAAGAAAUGUUAACGGACGAAGACUCCGUCGUGGCGAAGAAUGCCGCGAAGCAGAAUGUUGCCGUGCAGUUUGAACAGUAUGAAGCCAUGCCGCAUUGUUUUGCUUUGUUGUUGCCGAAUUUGGGGGUGAGUGGGAGGUUGGUGAGGAGUUGGGGGGUUUGGGCGAGGAGGGUUACGGAAGAAGAGGGGCGGCGGUUGGAGACGAAGGGGGUUUUUGUGCCGGUGAGGAAUGGGAAGGAGAUUGCGUUGGAUGUUAGGGAGAUUGAGGCGCCGACGUAUGAGGAGGUUCAAAAGGCGGUGGGGGAGGUGAAGGAGAGGAGGGUUCAGGGUUUCCUGCGUUGUGAGGAGGAAGAUAUAUACUAUGACGAGCGAAUGGAAGAUUUAGAUACCUCGUUUUUAUUUUAUUUUAUUUUUUUGUCAGGAGGUGCAUAUGGUUUUCUAAUCGCGACAAAAAUUCUGAACCUUGAAGAUCGGCCGAUUUUUUAA